CUGUAAAGAUAUCAUGACUUAGAAAAUAUAAAUACGCAAGGUAUUAUUCGUGAAGCUGGGAACUUAUUUUUUCCCCAAAUUAGUGAUACGACAAAUAUAUUUAUUAAUUAUAUUAAUCAUGUAAUUUCUCCUAUAUAUUGAUUAGCGGAUGAGAGAAAGAGAAAUCAAAAGGACAAAAUCUGAAACUCGACGUAAAAAAGUGAAGUAAAAAUAAUAAAACCGUUGGUGAAAGUAAAUUAACAAGAGACCAGUAGUUUUAGAGAGUUUCUCGUUCCCCCAAGUUCGUACCUUUCAUUGAUACUCUUCAGGUAAAUUUCCUUCUUUUUUUACCUUUUUCUUAUUUUUAAUUAAAAGAAAAUAAAAGUAAUAAUAUACGAAAUUCUAUUCUUCUGCUAACCAUCAUCGACCUAUAUUCUCGUGUGCCUGACAAGAAGAAGCAACCUUACUUACUUUUUUUUGCUGUUAUCGGAAAAAAACAUAGAACAGAGUUUCUCCCCUCACACAUCGACGGCCAGCGCCGGCGAUAUCGGCGGCGUAUGAGAUGAAAAAUCGUAGGAAGCUCGGUGGUUUUAGCGGAAGCGACGUCGUUCUCUCGUGGAGGACGUUUUUCUGGUUCGUCGUCCUGUUCGUCUUCUCCUUCGUUCUCUUCUCCACCAUGUUCGUCUUUAAAGGGAAGUUCCGUCCUGUUGUACGUUCGUCGACGAUGAGCUUCUCAACGGCCAGGGCGGUUCUCCGCGAGUCCGUAACGCUAUCUCCCGCGGUUUCGAUUCGCGAAGCGGUGAAACUACCUGAGCAGACACUGGUUUACCUAAAAUACCCUCGGUCUCUUCGGUUAUACUCCAAAGACGAUCUGGUUUGCGUUUUCUCCGACGCGUCGAAGCAACGGAAGGAGUAUCCGACGGCGGUGGACAGCGACAGAUUUAACGGUCAGAUCGUACGGUGCCCUGAGACGCCACCUGGAUACAACGUAUCGCUUGCGGUGUCGAGAUGGAGGGCGGACGAUCGCAUUCCCGCUGGGCCCACUCACCGAUGGGAUUGGCUGGUCUACGACGCCGUGAUCGAUCUCGAUAACUCAACGGUGGUUUUCGUCAAGGGUUUAAAUCUACGGCCCGGGAGAGUCGCUGACGUGUCGAGAUACGAGUGCGUGUACGGCUGGGAUUUCGCGAAGCGUAAUCGGUUGAUAAGAUCAGACGUGAUCUCUGCGGCGCAGGAGAUUAUACGGUGCAGAACUCCGUUGACCGUGUUGGAUGGGCCUAAAUCAGCCCAUGGGCCUGUUAAAGUCUCGGUUAGAAUUAAAGGAGGAACCGGAAUGCUCCCAUCGAUCGCUCGACCGGGUCGGAUCGUUAACCCUCCGCGACGGAAACCGUUUGAAAUGUGCGUUUGUACCAUGACGCGAAACGCAGCCGCGGUUUUAAGAGAGUGGGUGAUGUACCACGCCGGGAUCGGCGUUCAACGGUGGUUCAUCUACGACAACAACAGCGACGACGAUAUAAUCGAAGAGAUCAGGGAUCUCGAAAGGCUUGGUUACAACAUCACGAGACAUUUCUGGCCGUGGAUCAAGACUCAGGAAGCCGGAUUCUCAAAUUGCGCGAUCCGAGCAAGGAGCGAUUGCAAUUGGAUCGCGUUCAUCGACGUCGACGAGUUCUUCUACAUCCCUUCCGGUCAAUCAUUAACCAGCAUCAUCAGAAACCACACCGUCUCCAAUACCAUCGGUGAAAUUCGAACUCCUUGCCACAGUUUUGGACCGUCCGGUCUGCGUAACCGGCCUCGCGGUGGAGUCACGGAGGGAUACACUUGCCGUGUGAUUUUACCGGAGAGACACAAGAGCAUACUCAGGCCGGAGGCGAUGAACGCGACGCUGAUCAACGUGGUGCAUCAUUUUCACCUGAAGGAUGAGUUCACGUUUGCUGACGUGGACAAGGAUGUUAUGGUAAUUAACCACUAUAAAUAUCAGGUUUGGGAUGUUUUUAAAGAAAAGUUUUACAGAAGAGUCGCGACUUACGUGGCGGAUUGGCAAAACGACGAGAAUGUCGGGUCGAGAGAUCGGGCGCCCGGUUUAGGAACCCGACCGAUUGAACCACCUGAUUGGGCCGAGAGAUUCUGUGAGGUUAAUGAUACUGGACUUAGAGAUCAGGUAUGGGAGAGGUUCAAAGACGAUAAAACACACCGUUUGAUAUGGGAAAGAGAGGAAGAUGAAGAUAGAGUUAAAAAGGCCUCAUUGGCCCAUACUAGGAUAGCUCGACAUAACAAGAGCUGAAUAAAACUCAUUAGUCAUAAUAAUUUUUGAAUUUUCUUUUCACGGAAUACAUAAUUUUCUCUUGUA